GGCUCUGCAGCAGCUGCGCUUCUUACUCCUGCCAUAAACCUGAUGCCUGGGGAGACAAGAACUCUUAGCCUGUUUUUUGCUUAAUUUUGUAUUGGCAAUUUACAGGUGCUUCAUCUGGAUAAACACAACAUGAUAAGAGGGUGCAAAUCUAUAAAUCUGUUAAUCAUGGACUACAUUAACCAGAUCCUGGCAUGAUGUGACUUAAUGCUGGUUGAGAAUUGGGCAGAACCCAUAGGAAUGAGGGGACAAUAAGACCUGUCAGUGCUGCUCUGAGUAAGGUAAAGUAGGUGUAUGUAUACUGCACCCAGCAAACUCUGCAAAAGGCUUUGAUGGAAUUGCUAGAUGAAAAGACAUGAACAAGUUGGUCACAUCCAGCCCAAUGAUGUUCACCCUGAAGGCUGCUGGGGAAUCCUGGGAAAUGUAGUUCCGCAACAGAUUUACCAACCUAUUAGGGAUACACAAGUAUAUCCCUUGAAUCCUGUUAUCUUCCCAACUGUGAGAAGUGACUUUUUUGCUGCACCGCCUAUCUUUAAUAGCUUGGUGACAAAUUAUAAGACAAAACUGUGACCUUCUGUGACACACAUUUAAUUUCAGUAUCUUUCAAAAUAUUUUUACAUUUUUGAUCACCAUACAGAAUUGCUUCCCAGCCUAGAUGACCUGAUCCAGUUUUCUAAUUGAAAAAUGAAGAAAAAGUACCCCACUAGCUUCAAACUCGCUCAGCAGUCUCUAAUGAUUUAAACCUACCUAAUUUAAAUAGUCACUAAUGUGUGCAAAUUUGCUAAUAACUUUAUAUAGAUACCAAAGUGCUUGUGCUAAGAUUAAAUCAAUUGAAAUUCAUUGAUUAUAAUUUAAUUAAAUAGUAGUAAUACAUUUCAUUCGGUUCUAUAUAAAAGUUUCAGAAAAACAUUGGUACAGUGUACAGAUGUAGUAAACAAUGUCCACUCUUCUUUCUACAGCUUCCCAGCCUAGAUGACCUGAUCCAGUUUUCUUCCACAAGCAUCUUCAAAUCCAUUGAUUUCUUUUCAUAUACACUUGUCAUUGCAUUGCUCUAAAGGCCAGUGGGCAUAAUGUUCCAACUAAAGAACAAGUGAGUCCUCCCUUCUUUACAUCAAAGAUGACCAACAUGACAACCUCAAAUGAAGAUCUUUGAAGUGUAGUAUAAGAGCUACAGUUCAUAUGAAGAGAAUUAGCAAUGUGUAAGAAGAGAAAAGAAGCACAGCUACCUAGUCAGGGGUACGGACCCAGUAUUUAAGAAAUGUUUCUAAUGAAGAUUAUGAGCACAGUUAGAAUGCAUGUAAUCUAACUGCUUUGCUCUCUGAAUGAAGAAGAUGAAUUGUACAAACUGCACAAUCAAAUCAAAAACAGUAACUGAAAAGAUGCUAAUUUCCAUAACUCUGGCUGUAAUAACCAUUCUGACGACAGUGUUAAACUCUGCUGUCAUACUUGCAAUUUGCACAACCAAAAAAUUGCAUCAGCCAGCAAACUAUUUAAUUUGCUCGUUAGCGGUAACAGACUUUCUCGUUGCAAUUUUGGUCAUGCCUUUAAGCAUAGCCUACAUAGUUAUGGAUACAUGGAGCCUUGGCUUCGUCAUAUGUGAAAUAUGGCUCAGUGUUGACAUGACUUGCUGUACCUGUUCAAUCCUUCAUUUAUGCGUCAUUGCUUUGGAUAGAUAUUGGGCAAUUACUGAUGCGAUUGAAUAUGCCAGAAAAAGGACAGUCAAAAGAGCUGGAAUUAUGAUAAUAACUGUGUGGACGAUUUCUAUAUUUAUUUCCCUACCACCAUUAUUUUGGAGAAACCACCACAACGUAAACAUUCCUACCCAAUGCAUAAUUCAACAUGACCAUGUUAUAUAUACCAUUUACUCUACAUGUGGAGCAUUUUACAUCCCCUUAACUUUGAUACUUAUUUUAUACUAUAGAAUUUACCAUGCUGCAAAAAGUCUGUACCAAAAAAGAGGGUCAAGCCGACACUUGAGUAACAGAAGCAACGAUAGUCAAAACUCAUUUGCCCACUGCAAACUUACACAGACGUUCUGCGUGUCAGAAUUUUCUACUUCAGACCCCACCAUGGAAUUUGAGCAGAUUAAUGCAUCUGUGAGGACUCCUCCUUAUGAUAAUGAUAUUGACAUGUUUGGAGAGCGACAGCAACAAAUUUCCAGUUCACGAGAAAGGAAAGCCGCUCGCAUUUUGGGACUCAUUUUAGGUGCUUUCAUGUUAAGCUGGCUACCAUUUUUCAUUAAAGAACUUGUGGUCGGACUUAGCCUAUGCACUGUUUCACCAGAAGUGGCUGACUUUUUGACAUGGCUGGGUUAUGUGAAUUCACUCAUUAACCCACUUCUAUACACAAGUUUCAAUGAUGAUUUUAAGUUGGCAUUUAAGAAACUCUUCAGGUGCAAAGAACACUCUUAAGUAUCACAAUGGAUGUGCAAAAUUAUUGCCUUAAGGGUGAAGAUCUUUCAAACUGCCAAACUAUCUUUUGGUUAAGGGAAUGCUAAGUUCUUUUUUUUUUUGGUUGUUGUUUUGUUCAAUCGAGUCAUUUACACAGCAGUCUUCUACCUCUGUUGUUAUUUUCGUGAUAAAUAUCAAAUAAAAUGUUUAAUGAGUAA